AUGUCAAGGGCAGAUGCGUUGAAAUUUCUGUGUGGAUGGGUAAGUUGUAAUUUAUGAGUUUUUAUGUUUUUUGUGUAAAAUUUAGUGUUGUUGAGGUAAAUAUACUUUUUUAUGUUAUUAGUGAUUAUGGUUAAUGUUUCAGGCGUCUGACACUCAUCCAGGUGGAGCAAAGUUUGAUGCUGAUAGUGUUGUAGAUGGAACAAUUGUGGCUGAGUUGUUAUGCCGAAUGUGAGUUGGUUUAUUUUGAAUUUUUAACUUAGGUUGAUAGAUAUACGCUUUUAUACCGAACUUAUAAUUACUGGAGUUACUUGGAGAAUUAAUGUUUUAAGUAGCUUUGCUAUAGUUUUAUUCGGCUUUUAAAACCAAUUAAGUAUAAGAUUGUACUUGUUUUGAAAUUAUUUUAUGUUAUUUUAGGUGCGAUAAGGUGUUUACCAUGGAGUUUGUUGAUGAAAUAGCUGAAUGUCAGUUGGAUGAGUUUGGGACAACAUCAGAGAGACUAAGGCUGAUUCAGAAGAAGUUGAAAGAUUUCUUUUUAGCUGUGUAUAAACGAAAUCCGACUGAAAAAUGUCGUCUUUUUCCAAAGGUCAAGGAUUUGUGUAAGUUCUAUACAAAAAUUAUUCUACAAGAGUUUGUCUGUUACUUUAUUAUGUUUUAAACUUUUUUGUAGUAUUUUCAGUCCUUACAAAAAAGGUCUAUUAGAAUUAACUAGUCUUAUUUUAGGUAACAAAGACGAAACAGCUCUGUUAACAUUCUUGUACGUAGUCACCUUCAUUUCGAUUUGCCAACAAGGAUUAUGUAAGUUAAUUUGAUUUUUGUUUUAUUUGUUUAGUGGCAAAAGACUUUCACGAUAAGCUCGAACAACAGUCCAGGACAAUUCAAAGGCGGUUCAGGAGAAUGGAAGCCAAUAUGGAUGACUUUCUAACCGGUGAAGACGAUUCUGAUGAAGAUGUAGCUGCAUUGAAAGAGACAAAUGAUGAUUUAGUGUUGCAAUUGGAAAGUGUUAGAAGUGAAGUAAGAUUUUGGGAUUUUUAUGUUGUACUAAGUAAAGUUGAGAUGUUGACGUUGGUUUUUGAACUUUCUUUUUGUUUUUAAGUAUUUAAACGGAGUAUAUUAUUGUUUUACAAUAGCUUUUAACUUUUUUUAAUUUAUAUUUUUAAAAAGAAAUGUUAAAACACAAAUUUAACGCUAUUAUUUUAGGUCGCAAGGCUACGAAACAGUGAAAUAUUGUUGAAUGAUGAGUUGAAACGAAGUGAAGCUAAACUGCACGAGCUUUUAGAAGUUGAAGAGAAAAGCAAAGAAAGAAAGUCAUCCGACGAACAGUUUUACAAUGAAAAUGUACGAAGUAAAGAGGCAAUGAUAAGUGAACUAGAACAACGAGUCGAAGAACUAGAAGAGGUGGUCAAGGAGCGGAAUAAGUCAUUGGUGAGUUUAAAAUUGUUUUUUUAUAGUUUACUGCGAUUUAAAUCUUAUGGAAAUUUUAAAAAAUUUAGGUGAUUUCUGUGUUUGUGAGUAGCAAAAUGAUAUUGACAUGAAAAAUGUGUUUAUGUAAACAAUAUGCCAAUCUGUUAAAAACUUAUUGUUUAAAAAUUCCAGACCGAAGUCCAAAAAGAGUUAGACACGGUAACUUCCGAACACGACCGAGAUGUACAAUGUUUCGAAGAGAUCAACGACCAAAACCGACGAGAAAUCGAAAAACUGAAGAAAGAUGCUGAAAACGUGAGGACAGGCAGUCCAGACUACAUUGAAAAGACGGCUCUUAAAGCACAUAUUGAUUCUUUAACAGAACGGAACGCUGUCUUAGAACGACGACUUAAAAUGUACGAAGAAAAACGAGAUGUCAUCGACGAUCUUCAACGCACUCUGAAUCUAAAGACAAAAGAGUUGGACUUACUUCAAGAUGAAAUUAAAAAAGUCAAACGUGAAUAUGAAGAAAUGAAAAAUGAAGUGGAAAGGCUACGAAAUGAAACCGACGUCCUGAAGAAUGAUUUGCGACAAUUGGAAGAGGAAAAUGAAAAUUUGAAAAGUGAAUAUGAGAGGAUACAGGAAGAGAAGGAGAAGUUAGAGAAAAAUGAAGUAGAUCUAACCAAUUCUCUGAAUGAUACAAAGGAGAAGUUGGAGAAUGAGUUAAAGGAAGUGAGGGGAACGUUAGAGCGAAGUCAGCUUCAGAUCAGCCAAAUGACAGAAACAUUGAAUGAAGAUACCGAGGAUGAGUUUGAUAACACUGUGUUUGAUCGGUAGGUAUUUACUAGUAUUAAUAUAUUUCUGAUUUGUUGAUAUAUAUUUUGUGAUAAUUUUUAUUAGACUAAAGUUUAUAAUGUAGUAAUGUUUUACUUUUUCAGACCACCAAGUGUCAGACGAAAACGAACAUCAAGCCGCCUAGAGAACCGAUAUCGUACAACAUCUUCAAAGCUAAUUGGAUUUGUCUACAAUAUCUUGUUCUGGAUUAUGCUGAUAUUUACAAUGUUAAUAACAUUUGGUGCUUCAAGGUACGCAUGGUGCACAUAUCAUGGACAAACCUUUACUCUACUUGGAGAAGUCAGGCUUAACACGAGAAUAUGCAAAUUAUACCCGGAAAUGUGCGUUUUCCCAGAGUUAUUCAAACGAAACAUGAAUGAGUAUUAG